AUGCAUAUCCGAGAGAAGCUGGCCCAAAAGCAGGCCGCGGGGGAGCCGGGAAUUUCUUUCGAGUUCUUCCCCCCUAAGACCGCCCAGGGUGUUCAGAACCUUUACGACCGUAUGGACCGUAUGCAUGGAUUAGGACCCUCAUUCAUCGACAUCACAUGGGGAGCGGGUGGUCGUCUUUCGGACCUGACUUGCGAGAUGGUGGGAGUUGCUCAAUCGGUGUAUGGACUAGAAACAUGUAUGCACUUGACCUGCACGGAUAUGCCUCACGAGAAGAUUGACCAGGCCCUCCAAACCGCUUAUAAGGCCGGAUGCACCAACAUUUUGGCCCUGCGAGGUGACCCACCGCGUGAGAAGGAGGCAUGGGAGGCCGUUGAUGGAGGCUUCCGAUACGCCAAGGAUUUGGUUAAAUAUAUUCGCGAAAAGUACGGAAACCACUUCGACAUCGGUGUGGGUGCGUACCCUGAGGGCGCUGAUGAUAACUCCGACGUGGACAUUCUGAUUGACCACUUGAAGGAGAAGGUGGAUGCUGGAAGUACCUUCAUUAUUACACAGAUGUUUUAUGAUGUAGAGAACUUCAAGACAUGGGUAAACAAAUGUCGUGCGAAGGGCAUCACCAUCCCGAUCAUUCCGGGUAUCAUGCCUAUCCAGACCUACGACUCUUUCAUUCGCCGGUCUACCUGGACCAAGGCCCAUGUGCCCUCACCAUGGAUGGAGGCCCUUGAGCCUGUGAAGAACGACGAUGCUGCUGUCCGUGACAUUGGCAAGCGCCUCAUUGCUGAAAUGUGCAAAGAACUUCUCGCCUUCGGUAUUAACCACCUUCACUUCUACACCAUGAACCUGGCUCAAGCAACCAAGCUCGUUCUGGAAGAGCUCGGACUUGUCCCAUCCGAGGAGUCUCCUAUUCAACGAUCAUUGCCUUGGCGACCAUCUUUGGCCUUGGGUCGCAGAGGCGAGGAUGUGCGACCGGUCUUCUGGCGUAAUCGCAACUCAUCAUAUGUUGCCCGUACACAAACAUGGGACGAGUAUCCAAACGGUCGCUGGACCGAUUCUCGGUCGCCUGCGUUCGGCGAGCUUGAUGCCUAUGGUGUCGGCUUGAAGGGUUCAAACGCCCAAAACAUCAAGCUGUGGGGCGAGCCUAAAUCAGUGAAAGAUAUCUCCAAUAUUUUCAUUAAUUUCUUGGAUGGAAAGCUGGAGCGUCUGCCUUGGAGCGAUAGUCCAAUUACCAUCGAGGCCAAUGAAAUCAAGGAUCCAUUGCUUGACCUGAACAGCAGAGGUUUCCUCACCAUCAACUCACAGCCUGCUGUGAAUGGUGUCAAGUCAUCUCAUCCAAUCUACGGCUGGGGUCCCAAGAACGGAUUUGUUUACCAGAAGGCUUACUUGGAGCUUUUGGUUCCCUCAUACCUGAUCGAUGAACUCAUUACCCGCAUUGAGAACAACGAAGAUCUUACCUACCACGCCGUUUCCAAGGAAGGUGGAUUAAGAACCAACACGCGCGACAGCCCGAACGCUUUGACCUGGGGUAUUUUCGCUGGACGAGAAAUCAUCCAACCUACCAUCACGGAGACAGUCAGUUUCCUGGCAUGGAAGGAUGAGGCUUUCCGACUGGGUGAGGACUGGUCCAAGUGCCACGAUGCUGGCAGCCCCAGUCGAAAGUUGAUCCAACAGGUCAUGAAUGACUGGUACCUUGUCAACAUUGUUGACAACGACUUCCAUCGCUCAAACAUCGUCUUCGAUCUCUUCAAGGACCUCGAAGUCAAGGAGCUCAACACCGAAGUGCCCGGAAAGCAACCCGAGGCCAACGGUGCCGCUGAAACCAAUGGUACCGUAACAAAGAACUAA